AUGGUGUCCAAACGCACCCCCAAAGAUGCGCCCAUCGUAAUCGUAGGCGCUGGCGUCUUCGGCCUGUCUACGGCCCUGGAGUUGAAGAAGCGCGGAUACCGUCACAUCACCGUCAUCGACCGCUUCCUCCCUCCCGUGCCGGACGGCAGCAGCGUCGACAUCUCCCGCAUCAUCCGCGUCGACUAUGCCGACCCCGUCUACGGCCAAAUGGCCCGCGAGUCGUACGAGGGUUGGAACACGCAGUACUCAGACCACUACCACGAGUCCGGCUUCGUCAUGCUCGCGGACCGGAAGGGCAAUUCUUAUCUCGACGGAGCGAAAGAGGUCGCCGCGAAGUCGGGACUGAAACUCAUCAACUACGACGACGCCAAGGAUAUCCAAAAGGAGUACCCGAGCGCCAAGGCGGACUUCUCGGGGCUGCAGGCUUGUAUCAACCCGAAAGGCGGAUGGGCCGACGCCAAGGGGGCGAUCGCGCAGAUGGCUUCGGAGUGUAGCCAGCUAGGCGUCCACUUCAUCGCCGGGGCCCGAGGUACCGUCACAUCUUUGAAGAUGGAGCAGGGAAGGGUCGUCGGUGUCAAUGUUGUCGAGGGACCGCCCGUUCUCGGGGAGCAGGUCAUCCUCGCGACGGGAGCUUGGACGAACCGUCUCAUCCCCAUCACCCACGCCAGCUCUGCGUCCGGUCAGCCGGUCGGCUUCAUCCAGCUCACGGAGGAGGAGGCUGAGCGGCUCAAGGAUAUGCCUGUCAUGAUCAACUUCCAGACCGGGGUGUUCGUGUUCCCUCCCACCAAGGGCAAGAACCCCAUCCUCAAGUUCGCGCGUCACGGGUACGGGUACGCGACGGAAGUGCGCGUCGGUGAGAGCGGUGCAGGGGCAUCUGAGAGGGUGAUUUCUGCGCCGAAGCGGGACGGCAGUAAUGCGAGCAGCGGAUAUCUUCCGGACGAUGCCGACGAGGGUCUGCGCGACGGCGUCCGCCAGCUUGCACCUGAGUUCGCGUCUCGGGGUUGGAUUAACCGGCGGUUAUGCUGGUACUCGGAUACACCCGAGGGAGAUUUUAUCAUGGACUAUCACCCGUCCAUUGAUGGGCUUUUCUUCGCUACCGGCGGUGCAGGACACGCUUUCAAGUUCCUUCCUGUGUUGGGCAAGUAUGCUGCGGAUUGCUUUGAGGAGAAGGCGUCGCCGGAGUUGAGGCACAAGUGGAGACUGAGAGAGUCUAGCGGAACGCAGGAGGCAUUGAAGCUAGGAGAUGGAAGCCGUGGCGGGCCGCCCUUGCGCAAGUUGACGGCAGUGGAACAGGCUAAGCUGUAG